AAUAGUGUUGAAACAAAGGGAAGGAGUUAAACGGCAGUGACCCAGCCGAGGGUGAGCGCAGCUGAAUGAUCUUGUCCCGACAGACGCGUCCGGACCAGAGGCUGACUGUGGGGAUAAAGCCACUCUGACGCGAAUGAAGAAACUUCUCAUCUUCCAGUUCACAUACAGAGGACUUUUGACUAAAGGAAAAAAAGGGAAAAGAAGAAAAUGGAGUAUAAAUUACGAAAAGCAGAGCCCAAGGACGUGCCAGACAUAUUACGACUCGUGAAGGAGCUUGCUAAAUACGAGGAGAUGGAGCACCAGGUGGCGCUGACGGAGAAAGAUCUCCUGGAGGAUGGAUUUGGUGAAACGCCGUUUUACCACUGCAUCAUCGCUGAAAUCCAAGGAGAGAGCAGCAGUGAAGAUCCUAAGGUGGGGGGGUUUGCCAUGUACUACUUCACCUACGACCCCUGGGUGGGCAAGCAGCUCUACCUGGAGGAGUUCUACGUGAUGAACGAGUACAGAGGUCUGGGGAUGGGCUCGGAGAUCCUGCGGCACCUCAGUGACCUGGCGAUGAAGACGCGCUGCACCGGCAUGAUGUUCGUGGUGGCGGAAAACAACGCCCCGUCCAUGCAGUUCUACAAACGCCGCGGCGCGGAGGACCUGUCGCAGGAGGAGGGCUGGAGGCUCUUCAGGUUUGACAAGGACAGCCUCCUGAAGAUGGCCACUCCAGCUGAAGAAUGACAGGAGGUCCAGCAGGGCGGCGCAGGAGCAGGAGGAGACCCAGGAGUUCCAGCUCCACUCCCCUCUGCGCAGAUGAAGCAUGCAGAUGUUUCGCUGUAAUGGUUCUGGUGCAACACCUCUCUCUGAUUUCUGAUCUGAACUUUCCCACCAAUAAAGAAAUUCCUGAUCUCAGAAGCUCCAGCCUUUCUGCUGUUUGACAGAUCCGCUCAUGUUCAUGCAGCUCUGGACGUCCUCAAACGUGGACCUGCUCAUCCGGGUUGAAGAUGAGAACCUGAGCUCAGAAGAAGAGCUUUGAGAGGCAAACGGGGUCAGACUUGACCUGAAGGCUGAGUUUUAACAUGCAGGCCCGUUAGAGGAUUGUGUUAAGAAAAUGUAUUUCCAUACUCAUUAUUUUCCAUGUAUUUAUUUAAAGUCUUGGAGUUUGUUAGCUUAAAUCCUAUUAUCAUACCAAAUCAUAGUUUGUAGGCAUGCUGGCUGGAUGGUUUUUAUUAUUUUUAGUCUGGUGUUAACAUGGUCGUUAGUCUUUCAGUUGAUGGAACUGUAGACACUAUAUUCUUUGUUUUUCUUCAAUGACCCUGGCAUGCACUCGCACUUGUCUGCAGCCGCUCAGCUUCAUAACAGCACUCAGCUCCCUGGGAGGUGAAGGCCGCAGACAUGCAGCCGUGAGGAAAGAAAGGCGGAACCUCCAAAACGCUUGAAUGUAACCGUUGUCUGUCUGCUCCUUGCUUGCAAGUAAAGCUUGAAAAGAUAAA